AUGGCAUCCACCUCAUCAUCAACCCCUGGCCCCGCCUAUCCCGUGUCCAAGCGACGCAAGACGCGUAAAGGCACCUUCUCCUGCUGGGAAUGCAAACACCGGAAGAGACGAUGCAAGUUCGAGCCGCCCUCCAGCCCCAUUUGCGUCUACUGCCAGUCGCACGGAUCCCCGUGCAUCAGCCAGGAACAUGCAGACCCAAGAAGCGGCAGCGAGGCGAAUAUUCAGCAUCGCAUGGUUCACGUCGAGGCUCUCGUCAGCCAGUUGAUCCAACAGAGAAACCGCAGCUGCCAACCCCACCCGUCCCAGGAAUUGAUUCCAGCGCAGCAUUGCAGGCCCGCGCCCCAUGAAAGAAUCGAAAGCGACAUACAAGGACUUCUGUCGGCUGUAACUGAUGGUCCGGAUCUGACGAACCGUUUCCAGCAGCUUAGCGGCAGCCUUCGGGCGCUACUCCCACACCCCCAUGUGGCCGUACUGAUACUGAGCAAAGGAGGGUUCUUCAGCCUUCCCUUUCAGACGCUUAUUCCUUCACGAAAACGACCAUCUUCCACCAUCGCGAACGUGGAACACCCUGAGACUGAUCCCGGGCUACCAAUUACCGCAUCUCACCCGAUCCAUUUGGCCCGAAAACUCAUCCAACUAGCGCUUGGUUUACAGCAACUGCAGUUCACCCCAUCCGACCACCCAGAGCUACAGCUCAAGGACUCUACCACAGAAACCUCGCGACGAUACCUAGAACUCGCGUCCUGUCACGUAACAUCCCAGGACAUUCUGAUCGACUCCGUCGAUGGGCUGGACACCCUGCUCCUGGAAGCCCGCUACCACAUCAACUCAGGGAAUCUGCGCGCAGCAUGGCUGAUAUUCCGCCGUGCACUGAGCAUAGCCGAAACCAUCGGCCUGUCCCAGCGGAAUGAGAAGGCGAGCAGUCGCGCGAAAUUUGUCUGGUCCCAACUCGUAUUCAACGAUCGCUUUCUAUCGCUGAUGCUUGGUCUUCCGGUCGCCGUGAACAACCCUGGCUUUUCCAGCGAGCAGACGUUGGAUACGUAUCCGCCCUUCAGGAAGUUGGACCGCUUGCAUUGCGUGAUAGCAGGCCGGAUUAUUGCUCGGAAUAUGCGUAUGCGACGUUGCGAUCUACCUGGCCAGGAGACCUUGGAGAACGCAUAUGAUGACUAUGCGGUGACGCGGGAUAUCGAUUCAGAGCUGAAGAAGGUGGCCCGGUCGGUGCCUGUUGGUUGCUGGGAGAUUCCUACGACUGAGGAUGCAUUGUUGGAUACGGACAAGAUGGACAGAAUCUCCAGGCUCUUUACGCAAAUGCACCAGUAUUACCUUCUGGUUGUCCUUCACCAGCCGUACAUACUGCGGCAUCGGGGUCAUCAUGUAGACGUCGCGACAGCGUCUUCACAACGACCAGAUUAUGCAUACAGCAAACAGGCUGUCCCCCCUGCCUGUCGCGAGGUACUCACUCGCUGUCUCGCAUUCCGCAACAUCCGCCCUGUCCUUUCUUAUCGAGGACUUCAGCACAAGGCCUUCACCGCAGCAGUGGCACUUGUUUUGUCUCAUAUUGAAGGGCACCGUCUAGGCGCUUCCAACGUUCUGGAACAUCAACGGCCCCAUGAUCUGGGGAUCGUUCGAAAGGUAAUCCAGACCUUGGACGAGCUGUGCUGUUCGAGUAAUCCGAACCGAUACAUUGCGAUCGAGACGAGCACGCAGCUGAACAAGCUCAUGAGUAUCGAGGCAGAGGCUGCGAAUGGCAUCGGAUACGUUGUAUAUAUCGAAGAAGAGGGUACUGGGACUGGAAGCACAAGGUCUGCAGUCGAGCCAGCCCUGAAAUUACCCAUGCCGUACUUCGGAUCGAUUUGCAUUACGCGUGGG